UGCUACUUUCGGAGUUAUCAUGGUCACAUGUAAGGGGAACUAACUAAUGCUGCGGGGAGCUUGUAGGCGGUUGUGACACACGACUGAGCUAUUCUGCAUUGUCACUCGUCCGCCAGGAGAUAGAUAGACAGGGCCUAUCGGUACACACACUUGACAUUCUCAUCAUGGCUGACAACAGUGUCCGUGACUCUGUGAAGGAGUAUUAUGGGAAGACCCUGCAAAAAACCGAUGACCUCAAGACAGGAGCCUGUAUGACCCCAGCCAAGCUGAUGACAAAACCCAUGAGAGCUGCCCUCAGUGCAGUGCAUGAUGAAGUGGCCAUGAAGUACUAUGGCUGUGGACUGGUCAUACCAGAAAAGGUGGAAUCAACACGCAUCCUUGACCUUGGUAGUGGAAGUGGGCGUGACUGCUAUGCGCUCAGUAAGCUGGUGGGUGAGGAGGGGUCAGUUGUGGGCCUUGACAUGACCGAUGAACAGCUGGAAGUGGCGAGGAAGUACAUUGACUACCAUACUCAGAAAUUCGGCUACUCCAAACCCAAUGUGGAAUUCGUCAAGGGCUACAUUGAGAAAAUCACUGAGGCUGGGAUCAAGGAAAACAGUAUAGAUAUCAUCAUCUCCAACUGUGUGGUGAACCUGUCCCCUGACAAGAAGAGUGUUCUGAGGGAGGCGUACAAGGUUCUCAAGGAGGGUGGAGAGCUGUACUUCAGUGACGUCUACUGUGACCGGGACGUGCCAGAUUCAGCCAGGAAACAUGAAAUCCUCUGGGGCGAGUGCAUCAGUGGUGCCCUCUGGUGGGAGGACUUGUACACGCUGGCCAAGGAGGUGGGGUUCAGCGAGCCCAGGCUUGUGACAGCAACACCAGUUCCCGUGACCAGAGACGAUUUCAGACAGGUGCUUGGUGAUGCCCAGUUCGUGUCGGUGACGUACCGACUGUUCAAGUUACCAUCCACCCUGCAGCCUAAGAGGCAGGUCAUCUACAAUGGGGAGAUCCCGGGCUAUGAGGGGGAAUUUAAGUUUGACUACCAGCUCACAUUCAAGAAUGGGGAUGCAGUCAGUGUAGGGGAGGAGAUGUCCACCAUCUUGUCUGCAUCGCGGUUCAAGGACGAGUUUGACUUCCAGCCAGUCUCUGCACCUGGAAAUUGUUGUGUCCCGGCCAUGAAAGUGAAAGUUGACCCAUUCGAGUACAUGGCCCAGUUGGAUGCCAAGGGAGAGUUACCUGCCCCUGCUUGCUGUGCAUCGGAUGAAAAGAAGUGCUGCUAAUCCGAUCAUCAUAAUCACAGAGCAAUGUCACAUAUCGUGCAAGAAUUGUCCAGAUCUUCAGAGAAAAACAAUUGAUUCUCAGCCAAUGACAUCAGUAAAAUGAGGGCAAAUGACAAUUUUAAUUGUUGAUCUUAAACAGUGUGCUGUCAGAUCAGAAUUUCAAAUUAUACCCUACAGCAGAAACAGGAUUCUUUCUUGUAAGUUGAUGGCAACAAAGAAGAGGACCUGAAUUUGUGAUGUAUCUUGUUGGUGUCUGCUGCAUCCAACAUCAUUUGGAAGUGGGGGCACGGUUGGCCCAGUCAUCUAAGGUGGAUUUUGGCCACACCAGAAAUAUGAUUGUGGGUUCGAAUCCCGGUUCAUCCCCAAUUGUUUCUAGGUUUGUCAGCACCAUACCUGUGCUCAUGGGUUUCACCAAAGUGGUAAAUGUCUGAGACCUGCAUCACUUCAGGGUUUUCCCCCAUAUGAAGCCGACACAUCAUGAUAUAACUGGGAUACUGGUCAAAGUAGCAUUAAAAGCCAACACACUCACUCUUUUGGAUGUGGUGGGUAGCAACAGGAUGAUCAAGCUGUUCAGUAUUUAAUAACAGCAUUGAUGGCAGUUAAAUCCACGGUUUCACAACUCUUUCAUCACGUGUAUGUUCCAACAAUCAGGACGUUGUUUUACAUCUCCCCACAUUUACAGUGUACUUGAGUCACCCACAGUGGGAAGAGACAAAUGGUUUUACAUAAUCCAUGGCUCGAAUAAACAGGAUUCUUGUCACUGAAUGCUCUUACAGAUGCUAGUAGCGACAUUCUUCAAUUGUAUAUCAUUGUUGACAACGCUGUCUCUUUCUUGCCUUCAGUUCAUUUACCUCUCAUCACCUUAACUAGUCUUUUUUAACACUUUAACAACUUGAUUUAAGUUGUUCAAGUACCACUCAAAUAACCCAGUUCAAAUUUUAUGAUCUGUAUCUAACAGAAACUUAUUGGCCAUGUCAUUAAUUACAUAUGGCCUCAAGAAAAUAGGGCACCAGAGCCUCGACAGUCUUUAAAAAGACACAUAAUGCUCAGGUGCUCAUUUUCAUCAUAGAUGUCUAGGUAUUGAAAUUAGUGCCUUGUGUGAAACAAACUAACAUCCUCCAUAUGUAUAUAAGUAACUGUUCACUGUUGGAUUGACAUAUAUCAUAAAUUUUUAUCGAAACGACAUACUGAUGUUUGAACGACUUGCUGUAAACUUUGUAUGACUGGCUACAAGGCGGAGCCGAGUCUUACAUGGAUUAUUAUGAGUUCUCAACUUCCUGUUUUGAGGUGUAAUUCAUCUGAAUCUUCAAUAAAUUAAGACAAUUGACAUGAGACUAUAACAGUAAUAAAUUUCAUUGUUUCAUUUUUGUUGUUCAAUGACUUUCCAAUUGUAUCAGUAUUCUACAUGAUUAGGAAGCACUGUUUGGAGAAUGUGCUCAUCAGAGAUUAUCAAUCAUGAAUACUGUCAUGUGACCCUAUUUAUGAUUUGUGCGAUUUAUACAAAUAAAUUUGCUCAACAAAUAAA